UCGCCGAUUCAGUUGGAGCGGCUGGAGAGUAUAGUAAGAAAGGAGAGGGAAAAUAUGGCCAACGGAUGACUUUACCUUCCGUAGAGGACGAUACUGUAGAUUUGGAGAUGACCUUUGGCAUGGUGAGGAGUCAGGAUAGUUGCUUCAAUAUAUCGCAUUGUCAAAAGCAUGGUCAUGAGCUUGUGGCUGCCGCUUCGCUUCGUCCUAAAGAUGGUAUUGUGGGUCAAGAUGCUAUCGAAUAUGUUGCUCAGGCACUGGAUGUUCCAUUAUAUCGACGGGUAAUCGAGGGCUCAGCGGUGGAGAUGGGAAAUGAAUACGGCACCCGAGCAGGAAUCAGGGAAUCAGUAGAUCAGUCAGUUCCCGGAGAUGAAACAGAGGAUCUUUUCUACUUACUCCAGGACGUUAUAGUGUGUAAAUCUCAAAUAUCCUAUCGAUGUUUUAUUGACCCAUUUAGACGCACCACCCCGACAUCAAAGGCGUCUCUGUUGGUGCCAUUCUUUCACGAGGACCCGCCUGAAGAUAACGGAGCAGUUGCCGACGACUUGAAUUAA